AGCCUCUUGCUGUGACGUUGCUGUGCUGUUUAAAGCAAGGAUUUCCUCCUCCCUUCUGCUCCUCCCCUUAGCUGAUUGUCUACAGGGCAGAAGAGGGCACCAGAUUGAACUGCAGGUGGUUGUGAGCCACCAUGUGGUUGCUAGGAAUUGAACUCAGGACCUUUGGAAGGGCUUCAGUGCUCUUAACCGCUGAGCCAUCUCUCCAGCCCAUGAAUAAACUUUUUUAAGCCAGCAUAUCUAAUCUCCACAUCUUUCUCAUCUUCACUUCUAGCUCCCCUCUGGGUUAUCCCUCCCACUACCCCAAGGCCCUGCAUGAUAGGGACUGUCUCUAAUUCCUACAGCCUCUGUCGUCUCUUGUGGGGAACACAUCAAGUCCCUCUGCACCCCUACUCCCAUCAUUCUAAUCUAUACUUCUCAAGCACCACUUUGUGCUGGGCACUGAGCAGGGAGCUGAGGGCCCUGUGGCCCCUGCCCUGGUGGCACUCCCACUUUAAGAGGUCUGAUUGAUAGACCAAUGACAUAAGCAAGAGAAUCCCUCGUGUCAGUGGUGGUGAGAAUAAAGGCAAGUGACCCAGAGUGAGGGGCAGCAUUUGCUGUCUUGAAAGGACCCAGGAAGGACCUAGGUAAACAAAGUCCAGUGGGACGUCUACUAGGGAGCCAGGCAAGUGGGAAACUUGGAGGUGGCGGCUGAGGCUCAGGGCAGGCAGGUGUUUGGUGUGGAGUCUAGAGGAGGGCAGAUGGCCUGGGCUGUGGCGAGGUGUUUGAAUUCUGUUCCACUGCCAAGGAAAGUCACUGGAGGCUUAAAGUACAAGGGUGGCACCAUCCCGUCUAUGCUUUUAAAAGAUCCGGCUAGCCGCUGUGUCCCCCCAGCAGGCUCACUACGAAAUCUCCGGAGUCUGACACUGCUCUGACCCCCACUGGAUGCUCCAAAUCACACGGAAGAGUGUGCUGACUUCUGUAAGACGUGGGUGAUAGACACUUCUUUCUAUGCUUGUAGUUUCUGACCCCAAGAGACAGACAAAGGCAAUAUGUCUACAAAGACAAGAUCACGAUUUAGGCUACCUGCCUUCGGGACCAGCUUCCGAAGAACCUUCAGGCAAAGGUUCUGUUUCUGGCACCACAAAAGAUGCACAGUGGCCCCGUCCACCUACAGCCAGGGUUGGGAGGAUACUGAAAAAACGGAGGUGGAGCCCGCAGGCAAACACCAGAGCCCCGCCGGCAGUUCGGGAGCAACCCUGUCCAGUAAUUCUAUCCACCAGUACCACCGCCAAUGCUCAACGGCCCCUCCCGGCCAGGUCCAGGGUCCUGAGGAUGCUGCAACCCCAGAGGCAGGACCUGAGGGAAAAGUCCAGUGCCCCGUUAGCAGACACAGCUUAACAUCGAACAAAAAGGAGAUUGGCCGGUCGUGGGCCAAAGGUGGAGCCUGUUUCCUGCGAUGGGGCCUCGGAGACACAGCCAAAGCCAGAGAAACAGCAGCUGGGGGCGAUGGCCGCUCCAAGCCCUGAGCCCCACGAGUUUCCCUCAUAUCAUAGGACCAGCUUCCAGUCUUUCCCAUCCCAAGCUCUGGAGACAGCAGCCUCCGGACUGCUGAGGGCACGGACAGCAUGAAGGCCCCGGGUCGCCUUCUCCUCCUCUCCUUGUGCGCCUUGACCCUGUCCGCCGUCUACAUCUGCCUGUGCUGUUGGGCCUGCAUGCCCCUCUGCCUGGCUACCUGCCUGGACCCCCACCUCCCUUUGGCACCCAGACCCACAGAGCCCGGGCCCCUGCACUUCAGCGGCUACAGCAGCGUGCCAGAUGGGAAGCCCCUUGUCCGGGAGCUCUGCCGCAGCUGUGCAGUGGUGUCCAGCUCUGGCCAGAUGCUGGGUUCAGGCCUGGGUGCCCAGAUCGAUGGUGCUGAGUGUGUGCUACGCAUGAACCAGGCGCCUACUCUGGGCUUUGAGGAGGACGUGGGCCAGCGCAGCACCUUGCGAGUGAUCUCGCACACAAGUGUGCCACUGCUUCUGCGAAACUACUCACACUAUUUCCAGCAGGCUCAAGACACGCUCUAUGUGGUGUGGGGCCAGGGCAGGCACAUGGACCGGAUGCUGGGCGGCCGCACCUACCGCACAUUGCUGCAGCUCACCAGAAUGUACCCAGGCCUGCAGGUGUACACCUUCACUGAACGCAUGAUGGCCUACUGUGACCAGAUCUUCCAGGAGGAGACUGGCAAGAACCGGAGGCAGUCAGGCUCCUUCCUCAGCACUGGUUGGUUCACCAUGAUCCUGGCCCUGGAGCUGUGUGAGGAGAUCGUGGUCUACGGGAUGGUCAGUGACAGCUAUUGCAGUGAGAAGAGCCCCCCCUCCGUGCCUUACCACUACUUCGAGAAGGGCCGGCUGGACGAGUGUCAGAUGUACCUUUUGCAUGAGCAGGCACCACGGAGCGCCCAUCGCUUCAUUACUGAGAAGGCCGUGUUCUCCCGCUGGGCCAAGAAAAGGCCCAUCGUGUUCGCCCACCCAUCCUGGAGGGCCAAGUAGUUCCUGCUGCCGGGCCUGCAACUCAUUCCAAGCCACCACACUCCACCAUGACAUGUUUUAUGACUCUCACCUUCUGCCUGAUUCCAGGUGGUACCUGAGAUCUCUGUUACCCCACACAGGGUACAUUUGGAGAAAUCUCGGGCCUUGUGACUUGAAGGGGAGUGAAGAGGGCGUGUUUAUACCACCCCUGCCCCCUGGCAAAUCCACAUCUUCGUCUUGGGGUUCCAUCCCACCUCCAAGUUGUUCAAGUGGCCUUUGCCCUGGGGCCAGCGGCCCCCUCACCAGCAUCGAGACGUUGCGCCAGUGUUGUCGUUUCCUCUACCUACCCUAGCCACAGGGUGCCACAUUCUCGGGCUGGCGGCCCUGGUUGGUGCAUCCUGGAACCUAGGAUUUGAUGGGCACAAGGGCCUUUGAGCAUCUGCCUCCCAGGACUGUCUCAGGAGCGCGCCAGUAAACGUGCAUUUUCUGGACACUGUUUCUAGUAUGGUAACAGAUGUGGGAUGGGGGUUAGGACACAGGCCUGCAGCCUGUUCGCCAGAGGGCAGACGUCCCUCCAGCCCUUCCCAAGGUCCAUGGUGGUCUGCUCUUCCUGCCCCCACACCUCCUGGCCAGAUCUGACCACAAGACUAUGCUGGCCCAGGAAAGCUUCCAGUCCUCAGCGGGCACAGAACUCAAUGUUGCUUUCCCGUCCCGCCGUGGGUCAGAUUCUGAAACCUUUGCCAGUCAAACUGCCUGUUAGCUCUGGGACAGAGAGGCAGAGUGCAGCUCCAAGCCGGUGCUGUGUGGAAGGCCAUGGUCUCAGGGCCAGCCCUUUCUCUGAACUCUGCACAGCCACCACCCUGCUGCUAAUGAGGGCGUGACGCAGGGAGCAGGUGCUAGUUACCGAUGCAGUAGCCCAGGCUAGCUUUGGUGAGGCCUGAGAGCUCACUACCUCUGCCUCCUUCCCCCUUUGGACAACUGAGAAAUGGACCCCUAGGAUUUAGCUCUUGGCUCCAGAGCUCAAGACCUCCUGGGUAUGACCUGUGUAGUCCCCAGAGUCCUGUGCUUCCUUUAAUCUCUCCUGCUACAAACUUGAAACUCUUUGAAUGUUAAGUUUUGGUUUUUAACAAGGAACCUCUCACUUA